AAUGUACUUUUUAAUUUUUUAAGUCAAGUAAAAUAGAUAAUUCAUAAUUCAUAAUGAAAACUCAAAAUUGGAAAGACUUAGAGAUUCCUUUAAGUGACUCUGUAUUAAAAACAAUUGAAGAAUUAAAAUUUCAAUCUAUGACACCCGUGCAGGCAGCAUCUAUACCACUACUAUUAAAAGGAAAAGAUGUUGCAGCAGAAGCAGUAACAGGGAGUGGGAAAACAAUUGCUUUUUUAGUUCCAUUAUUAGAAAUAUUACAGAAAAGGAAAGAAAAGUGGAAACCUACAGAAAUUGGAGCAAUAAUAAUUAGUCCCACAAGAGAAUUAGCUGUACAAAUAAAUGAAGUUUUGCAAAAGUUUCUAGAUAAUAUACCAGACUUAAAACAAGUAUUACUUGUUGGUGGUACAACAGUUGCACAAGACAUAAACAAACUUAAAACAGGAGCAAAUAUUAUUGUAGCAACACCUGGUAGAUUGGAAGAUAUAUUGUGUAACUGUAAACAAAUUAACUUUGCAGCAUGUGUAAAGUCUUUGGAAAUAUUGAUCUUAGAUGAAGCUGAUAGAUUAUUAGAUCUAGGUUUUUCGAUAGCACUGAAUACGAUAUUAGGUCAUUUACCACGUCUUAGAAGGACUGGUCUAUUUUCUGCAACUCAAACAAAAGAGUUGCAGCAAUUAAUAAGAGCUGGACUUAGAAAUCCAGCUCUAAUAACUGUUAAAGAGAAACCAAAUAUUUCGACUCCAUCAAAUCUAAAAAAUAAUUAUGUCAUUACAAGUGCCCAAUAUAAAUUAUCUGUAAUGAUAAAUUUUAUUCAACAUAAAGGAAUUAAUUUAAAAUAUAUGAUUUUUUUGUCUACUUGCGCAUGUGUUGAUUAUUUCAGUCAUGUCAUUCAAGUAAUGUUGCCAUCUGUUCAAGUACUUGCAAUACAUGGUAAAAUGAAAAACAAGCGAUAUAAAGUAUUUAAUGAAUUUCGAUUAAUCAAAAGUGGUAUUUUAGUUUGCACAGAUGUCAUGGCUCGUGGUAUUGAUAUAUCAGAAGUGGAUUGGGUAUUGCAAUAUGAUCCUCCUUGUUCGGCUAGUAGUUUUGUUCAUAGAUGUGGUAGGACUGCUAGAUUUGGUAAUGAAGGAAAUGCAUUAUUAUUCCUCUUAGAAACAGAAGAUGCAUAUGUAAAUUUUAUAAAAAAAAAUCAAAAAGUAGAGUUACAAGAAAUAAUUAUGAAACCAUCCACAAUUUCAUAUGAGAAUUGUUUAAAAUGUAUGAGAGAUUUACAAAAACAAGAUCGACUUUUUUUUGACAAAGCUAAUAGAGCAUUUGUAUCAUAUAUUCAAGCAUACAAUAAACAUGAAUGUAAUUUAAUAUUAAGACUGAAAGAUAUUGAUUUAGGAAAACUAGCAUUGAGUUUUGGUUUACUGCGAAUACCUCGUAUGCCUGAACUUAAAGGAAGAGAUACAUCACUUUUUCAAGAAGAAGAUAUCGAUAUCAAUAUAAUUACAUAUUCAGACAAACAAAAAGAAAAAUGUCGUUUAGAAAAAUUAAAGAUUUUUCAAAAUACUGGGAUAUGGCCAAAAGUACAGAAACGUAAACGCAAACAAACUGAACCUUGGUCUGAAGCCAAAAAGAAGAAAUUAGAAAAGCAAGAAAAUCGUAAGAAGCGGAAAGAAAAGAAGCUAAAGCAGCAGAUGUCAGUAAACUCAAUGAAAAAACAUAAAAAGAAGAUAAAUGAACAAGACCUUGAAGAUCUAGCGAAAGAUAUAGCAUUAAUUAAGAAAUUAAAAAAGAAGAAGAUUUCACAGGAAGAGUUUGAUGCCGCUUUUGGAAUUGAUUGA